AUGGCCGAACAAAACGAAGGAAUCCAAACUGUACAAAAUCCUGAUGUCGUCCAAAAAUACCAAAUGGCGGCAGAACUUUCGAAUCAUGGUGCAAGAAUAUUGGAUCUUUGUGCAUUAGGUGAUAAAUCAAUAGAAGAUGGUGUGAAAAAUCUUUUUGCGAAAGCUAAAAAUAUCUCCAAAGGAAUUGCUUUUCCAACUUGCGUUUCCGUCAAUCAUAUUAUCUGUCAUUUUUCUCCGUUAUCAUCUGACCCUGAAGGAUCUGAUGUAUUGAAAAAUGGUGAUUUAGCAAAAAUUCAAUUAGGUGCUCAAAUUGAUGGUUAUGCUUCAAUCGUGGCCACUACUAUUGUUGUUGGUGCAUCUAAAGACAAACCUGUCAAGGGUAAAUUAGCCGAUGUCAUAACCGCUGCUCAUCUGGCAUCGGAGGCUGCCUUGAGGUUAGUAAAACCUGGUUUAUCCAAUAACAAAGUAACCGAAACGAUACAAAAGAUUGCUAAAUCUUUUGAUACAAAUUCUGUUGAAGGUAAUCAUUUAAAAUUACUAAGUGAAUGCGAAAGAAAUGAUAUUGAGGGUAAAAAACAAAUUAUUCUCAAUCCGAAUGAAGCUCAGAAACGCGACUUUGAAACUGUACAAUUCGGCGAGAAUGAAGUAUAUGGUAUUGAUAUCUUGAUCUCAACUGGGGAAGGAAAACCUUCUUCUGUCCGUACUACUGUUUAUAAAAAGACUGGAAAUACAUAUUCUUUAAAGAUCAAAACAUCACGUCUCAUAUUUAAUGAGAUUAGUCAAAAAUUUGGCACUUUUCCUUUCCCCCUGAGAGCGUUGGAAGAUGAAAAGAAGGCUAGAUUGGGUAUAGCUGAAUGUGCAAGUCACGCAUUAGUGACACCAUAUGAUGUGUAUCAAGGAAAAGAAGUUCUUUUAACCAAAAAUGGAUCAAUUAAAAUUACAAACACAUUUUACGAUCCAGAGAUUGUUCAAAGUGAUAAAAAAGUGGAAGAUGAAGAAAUUCUAUCUCUGUUGGCUACCAAUGCUACUGAAGAAAAAAAGGAUGAAACUGAAACUGCGGACGAAUAA